CGACCUGCGCUCCUGUCAUGCACGCGAGAAGGGAAAUUGGCGAGCAUAGGAUCUGCACACGCACACACACUCACACACACACACAAACAUCGACACACACAUACACAUGCACAGAGAGCGAGAGCCUUGAUGAUUGCUGGCUGCACGACACGAAUUUGGUCAGCGAUUUUUUUCCCUCAUCUGCCACAGCACAGAUCUGCACGAGAUCCAGCCUUUAUUCCUGUCAAAAAGCGUGCAUUGGCGUUUUAACAUCUGCCAGAUCCGCCGCGCACAACUCCACAGGGAGGCAGAGGAGCUCGAGCCGUUAUUCUUCUUAAUAAGAGAAUUCAGGAAAGCCUCAAGAGAUGCCAAAAAGGAGCGGACUUUGGUUGCUGCUGCUGCUGCUGCUCGUGCUACUGCUCGGGCUGCUGGUCGUCGCAUCGGCGCACGAGCAGGACGUGAACGAAUCGUACUCGCCGCGGAGAGCGCGCGCCUCCGCCAACAGCCCCGCAGAUGUGAUGCGCUGUUUGAAUAGUGCCCUCCAAGUGGGCUGUGGUGCCUUCGCUUGUCUGGAGAACUCCACGUGUGACACAGAUGGAAUGCAUGACAUUUGCAAGUCCUUUCUCUACAGUGCUGCUAAAUUUGACACUCAGGGCAAGGCCUUUGUGAAGGAGAGCCUGAAGUGCAUCGCCAAUGGCAUCACCUCCAAGGUCUUUCUUACUGUGCGCCGUUGUUCCACGUUCCAGCGGAUGAUCUCGGAGGUUCAGGAGGAGUGCUACACCAAGCUGGACAUCUGCACUGUGGCCAGGUCAAACCCAGAAGCCAUUGCCGAGGUAGCUCAACUGCCCAGCCACUUUCCUAACAAGUUUUAUGGAAAGCUGCUGCAGAGUUUAAUGGACUGUGACGAGGAAACGGUCGACCUGUUGAGGGUGAAUCUGAUGCCCCGCUUGGGGCCUGAGAUUGCCAUGCUCUUCCAGCUACUGCAGAACAAGCCUUGCCCAUCCACUGCUGUGCCCACUGGGGCGGAGACUCGUGGAGGCUGGCACUGGCCUGCCAGUCCCCACCCACACAAGAACCAGCCUCAUCUACGCAACAGGGACACGGCCAAUCUCUUCAGCAAGAAACGCAACGUGGAUAACAGCUCUUAACCCCCGACCGUCUUUCUUGGUCCAAAUCUAGAGGUUGUGCACAAUUUUGCAAAAUGAAAAAGAAAAAAAAACAAAACAAAGCAUAUUAGUGGCUCAUUCACCAUCAGAAUGCAGGAAUAACAUUAAUUCUCUUGAACAGGAAAAAAAAAAAGAAAA